UUGAGUUUGGUUUGGAAAGGUGGGGAGGAGGGUCAGUGCCGAGAGCCAUUUAUAGACAAAACGAGCAGGGAGAGAGAAAGAACAUACAAAACUUGACAAUAUCCUUUUUAGUUUUUACAAACGUGCAAGUACAACCUGGAGUGCACGAACAGAAAAACGCAAAAUUAUAGCACCACUUAGCCCUACUCUCUGGAAAGGAUAAGUAACACUGAGGAAAACCAGACACAUGCCAUUGCUAUAAAUAGCAGUACAUAAGAUAGUGUGCAAUGGCUCCAUCGCUCUCGCAGGCCUACAGGAGGCGCUGGUGGAUGGCUGUCACAUCAAUCAUAGAAAACCUGCUCUUCUCUGCUGUAUUGUUGGGUUGGGGCUCCCUUCUUAUCAUGCUGAAGAACGAGGGCUUCUACUCGCACCUGUGUACAGAGAAUGUCACAGAGACUCACAGUAAUGUGAGUUUGACGGAACAGACGAUUUGGCUGAGCUGUAUUGAGCAGGAAGAGAUUCUGAAUCUGGGCUUUACGAUUGGCUCGUUCAUCAUCAGCGCAGCCACUCUGCCACUGGGUGUCCUGAUGGACAAGUUUGGACCACGUCCAAUCAGAUUGUUUGGCAGUUCUUGUUUUGCAUUAUCCAUGGCUUUGAUUGCAGUAGCAUCUUAUGAUCCAAAAGUGUUAUCAGCUAUCAUAUUUAUUGCUGUGUCCAUGAAUGGGUUCGGAGGAAUCUGUCUAACCUUCACUUCACUAACAUUGCCAAAUAUGUUUGGAAAUGUGCGGUCUACGAUUCUUUCGCUCAUGAUUGGCUCGUACGCCUCCUCUGCUGUCACCUUUCCAGGAGUCAAGCUGAUCUAUGAUGUGGGCGUCUCUUUUUCUGUUAUAUUCUGGGUAUGGGCAGGAUUUGCCUGCCUCGUCUUCCUCAACUGCUUUAUUAACUGGCCGGGAGAAUCUUUUCCUGGCCCUGAGGACAUCAGAUACAUUACAAUGGUGAAGUUGAGAAGUGAAGUAGUGGACCAAAAGAUGACUGAAGAAAGUUCUUUCACUCAGGAGACUCCUAAAGAGCCAGAUGUGACCAAACAACAACCUUCCACUGAUGAAGCUCCCAGCGAUGGAACAGCUGCUCAGAGCCAGGCAGGAUCUCCCCGCUUUUAUCGUUCUGUGUGCUCACCUAUUUUCCUGUGGAGCAUCAUCACAAUGGCGAUGACCCAGCUCCGUGUCAUUUUUUUCAUGGGUGCCAUGAAUAAGAUGUUGGAGUUCCUUGUUACCCAUGGUGACCCUAAUCGUGAUGAAUGGAAUAUAAAGAGAGAGAGUGUGUGUGUGUGUGUGUGUGUUAUAGUGAAUCUCUACUCGUCCAUCUUUGGCACUCUUCAGCUGCUCUGCCUGGUCUCCUGUCCUCUGAUUGGCUACAUCAUGGACUGGAGAAUGAAGGAGUGUGAGGACGUGGUGAAUUCAGCAGAGGGAGAAAAAAGUCCCUCUGAGCCUCCAAAAAGGGACAGAAAGAUCCAGAAACUCACCAACGCCAUCAGAGCUUUCAUCCUUACGAACACUCUGCUAGUCAUCUUCGGCAUCAUCUCUCUCAUAGACAAUCUACCCGUGCAGGUGGUGUCAUUUGUUCUUCACACUGCAGUUCGAGGUUUUAUUCACUCCUGCUGUGGUGGGCUCUACGCUGCUGUCUACCCAGCCAAUCACUUUGGCACUCUGACGGGCUUGCAGUCCAUGAUCAGUGCUGUGUUUGCCCUCCUACAACAACCACUCUUCAUGUGGAUGCUGGGACCAUUGAAGGGUGAUCCUUAUUGGAUCAACUUGGGCCUGCUUGUGUUCUCAUUGGUUGGAUUCCUGCUGCCGGGAUACCUCUUCUACCACCAGAGACAAAUUAUAAAGGAGAAGGCAGUGCUUCAUAGUCUGUCAAUGAGCCAGUCAGCGCAGGAGAGCAACAGCCUCAACCAAACAAAUGAUUCAGCAAAAUAUCAAACGAACGGGAACGUCUGAGGUGGAAAACAUUUAGGAUUGAGGUGUAUGUGAAUUAUACACCUGAUUUAUGAGUUAUUAUAUCAUGGCACUUCAGAAACGGAAUUAUCGGACUUCGUGUUCAGUCACUGUUGUUGAGUCUUGACAAAUAUAAAACAGUGUUAAAAACAAAGCAUCAGUCAAGGCUUCGACUGUGUGACUGGGCAGGAUGUAUUUUCAAGGCUUUUAUUAUCAAUCAGAAAAACAUUAUGCCAUGACCUACAAUAUAUAGUUUGCAGUUUUCUUCAAUUAUUAUUAUUGCAUUGACACUUUGAGAUGUCCAUUAAAAUGGUAGCAGAACCAGAGGUUAAAUAUGAUCAAAAACAUCGAAACGUCCUUCCGUGAAGCACCUCCUGCCUCGAAACUUUUGUUAGUCAGUAUGAAUCAAAAUUUGCUCUAUUUACUUUAAGAAAACCACAGUGUUAUUGUGCACAAUUAAUCAGUGCAUUUUAUACCAAAGACAAUCAUUUUGUGUUCAUAAUCUUUAAUCAAAACUUGAUCUAACUUGCUGAGAUAUUAUAAAAGGGAAACUUGACCUUCAGUCUCCAUGUCUCCAUCAAAAAGCCUCCUUGAAAGUCUAUGCCGGAGUUUUCAGGAGAGUAGCUCACAAAUGACUGUGAACUUGUAUUCUAUCAUGUUAUGAUCUUUAUUAUGAAUGUGCAGGACACAGACAUUUUCAAAUUCACUAGUAUGCGCAUUUAAAAAUGUUUAAACAAUGCUCGCCAUUUACGGAAUGUAGAGAAUGUAA